AAACGUUUGCGUAUAUUCGUUUUGCGUAUAAGGCCUGGAUAUUAAAUUAAGUGAAGCACAUCAGUCUUGCAAGUCUUUUUCUUUUCUUUACGUACUGUAUUGCUAUAAAAAAUAUCAGGUAAAAUAAAUUCGGUUGGUGAUCAAAUGCAUUUGGUUGGCGAUAUGCAGAUAAACAUUUUUUGUUUAUUCGUUCUAUUUAUUUUUUCAAACAAAUGCAAAUAUCUUUCAGUUAAAAGUACUUCAUAAAUAAAGACAAUAUUAUGCAAUUACAAAUGAAGUAUUACAGACAAAUAGCAAUUUAUAUCUUUUUGCAAGCAGUUAUAGGAUCUGUUUCUCAAGUUAUCAGCGACUCACCAAACGCUCUGGAAAACAGAAAAUUUUUGUUAAAAAGUAACUUUUAUUUUACAAAAGAAAUGAACCGAAUAAUUUUCCACAUGCCGCAUGCCACAGUCUGUAAAAUAAUACAAACAGUGACCAAAGAACACAAUAUUGAUUUUUCGUCAUACUAUAGUAAGAACUAUAUGCAAAAAACUUGGAAUAUUUGCGCUGAAACAAUGACAAACGUCAAAAUACUGGUUACCACUGAAAAUUUUAAUGUAAUACUUGUGAAAAUAUACAAUCUUCUUCCAAUUAGCUUUCAAUGCAAUAUUUUAAACUUAAUUAUAUCUCAAUUGAGCGGUUUAAAAGAUAAUAAAUGCGAAAAUGCGUUUCAAAUGAGCGAUGAUAAAAGAAAAACAUAUAACGCAGUAUUGCAUUUACUUGAAAACGAAUUACGAAAGAAAUUUUCUAUAAUGCCGAUUUCGACACAAUGCAAUCAAAUUUUUUCUGGUGCCACCGGAGUGUAUGCAGACACUUUAAAGUUUUCAUUUUCCAAUCUAAAGACUGGUGUAGAGCCAAUUGAAAAUACAUUAAGAAGUUUGGUACCAAAGUUGGUUGAAAACUUUUAUAAAGAAAACGAUAUCAGCCUACCAGAUAUGAGCCCGUUUUGGAAAAAAAUGAUGAACAGUAAAUUUUUCCUUCACUUCAGCAGCUACGAAGAAAAUGAGUCUUAUACAGUUAAUGUGAAACUUUUUUAUGCCUUAAAUGGCGAGCCUCCCCAAAGUGCGCAUCUUGUUUUGGCUUCAAUUUAUUCAUAUGGCAUAGAAAAAUUUGAAAAGAAUAUUGAGGCGUCAGUAACAAUAUCGUUAGAAAACAAAAAUUUGAACUCAAAAGUUAAGUUUGAGAGAUUUCCUGAUAACUUGGUAAAUUAUUUUAACAAAAGUGCUAGUUGUCAAAGAUGCCUAAUCUUGAAUAGUAUAUCAGUAUACUCCAACAAAUCGAUAAGCGAAACAAUCCAAAAACUGCAACUCAUGAAUAAGAUUACAAAGAAUUCAUGUCCUGAGCUCUACCGUGAAAGUAACAAAAAUGAAAAUACUAUUUUAAGCAAUCAAAAAAGUAAUGAGCGACGAAACGGAAUAUUAACUCCUCAACAACAAAAAACUGAACAAAGAAAUAGCUCAAAUCAAAUCAUAACAAAGUUAUCAGUCGUAGAAAUUUUUGUUAUUAUUUCGCUUAGUUUUGUAUUUUUAUUUGGGGUGGCUUUUCUUGGAACUAUGACUGUUUAUUUAAAGCGCAAAAGACAGAGAAGAGAAUUUGAAAAAGCCAUGGACAUUGAUUUAAAGUUAUCUAAAUCAUCCAUAUCUCAAAACACUGACAGUUUGAACUUAGCCACAGCAAAAGAAAGUAACCACACCAACAAUUCUGAAAAUGAACCGUUAUACUUUCCGACCGAGCAAUCAUAUAACUACAAUAAAUCUUUGAAAUGUUUGGACACAUUAUCUCAAACAUUUGAUGAAAACAACUUUUCCCUUAAAAGCAAUACCGAAAACAUUUUAAAACUUAAAUCUAGUUCUUAUAUACUUGGGAAGCUAGACAAAAAUUAUAAUCAAACAAUAAAACACUUUUUAAACCAAAAUAUAAAAGAAACAGAUUUAUAACGUCAAAAAAGACAAAGCGCUUUUAUAAUGUUUAUAUGUAUAUACAGAUUUAAAAAAAAAAAAAUUAUUUA